GUUUUCUUAGAAAUUUUUUUCUCAUAAAAUCAAAAACAGAAUUAAAAUGAUAAAUCCAAACUAGAAAAACAGAAAAAUCGGUUUUGUUUACUUAUUUAUUUUGAGCCAAAUAUUGUGCUCUGGAAGGGCCUAUAUAAAGAAGAAGGACGGAGUUCAAAGUUACUCAGCUUUCUAAUAUAUACACACCAGCAAAGAAAGGCUAAAAUGUUGACAGUUGUAUUGCUCUUGGUAGGAUUUUUUAUUAUCUACUAUACUUACUGGAUUAGCAAAUGGAGGAACCCAAACUGCAAUGGUGUUCUGCCUCCAGGAUCCAUGGGAUUUCCUCUUAUUGGGGAGACGCUUCAGCUGUUAAUUCCCAGCUACUCUCUUGAUCUUCAUCCAUUCAUCAAAAAGAGAAUCCAUAGAUAUGGACCUAUAUUUCGAAGUAAUUUGGCUGGUCGACCCGUUAUAGUUUCAGCUGAUCCUGAAUUCAACUAUUACAUCCUAAGUCAAGAAGGGAGAUCAGUCGAAAUAUGGUACUUGGACACAUUUUCUAAGCUUUUUAGGCAACAAGGUGAAUCAAGAACUAAUGUUGCUGGUUAUGUUCACAAGUACUUGCGAGGCGCUUUCUUGAGUCAAAUUGGUUCAGAGAACCUCAGGGAAAAGUUGCUUCUUCACAUACAAGAUAUGGUCAACAGAACUCUAUGCUCGUGGUCUAAUCAGGAAUCAGUGGAAGUGAAACAUUCUGCAUCUUUGGCAGUAUGCGAUUUUACAGCAAAGGUUCUCUUUGGUUAUGAUGCUGAGAAAUCACCUGAUAAUCUUAGUGAGACCUUUACUAGAUUUGUAGAAGGUCUUAUAUCAUUUCCUUUAAAUAUUCCUCGUACUGCAUAUCGCCAAUGUCUACAGGACCGCCAGAAAGCACUGAGCAUAUUGAAAAAUGUGCUUACAGAUAGACGCAACUCUGUUGAGAAUUAUCGAGGAGAUGUCCUGGAUCUACUCCUGAAUGAUAUGGGAAAAGAGAAGUUCCUGACAGAAGAUUUUAUAUGCCUGAUUAUGCUCGGGGGUCUGUUUGCCAGCUUUGAGUCGAUUUCAACGAUAACAACACUACUGUUGAAGCUAUUUUCAGCCCAUCCAGAAGUAGUACAAGAGUUGGAGGUACGAACAGAACAAAAUGCUGAGCAUGAGAAAAUUCUCGUAAGUAGACAUGGCUCAGAUUCCUUAUCAAUCACAUGGGACGAAUAUAAAUCAAUGACUUUCACCCAUCAGGCAAAUUCUCUACGGUCAUUAACGAAACUCUUAGGCUGGGAAACGUUGCACCAGGCCUGCUGCGAAGGGCAAUCAAAGACGUUCAAUUCAAAGGAUAUACAAUUCCUUCUGGUUGGACAAUAAUGAUGGUCACUUCUGCUCAACAAGUAAACCCUGAGGUAUACAAGGAUCCACUUGUGUUCAAUCCCUGGCGCUGGAAGGUAAGUCCAGUUUCACAUGCGGUAAAAAUCUGAAAAUUCCUUUCUCAGACAAGGUCUACCAUGGAUUAAAACGGGCGACCCAAUGCAAAGGGCAUCGCACAUUUGCAGGCUGUGGGGAGGGUUGUUAUGUGCAUGCAACCUUAUGACUGUUUUGCUGAGAGGCUGUUUUGGUGGCUCAAACCCAUGACCUCCGUAGACUAAGAGAUAAAAAUGUGUGGGAUACAUAUGGACCAAGAUGGCAUGUUUGCAUAUGAGUUCUACAUGUUUUAUCUCUUGCUUGAUGAUGGACCAUACAUAUAUUACUAUGAUUUAAAUUUCUUGGAGGUAUGUAAUUAGCUGAAAUUGAGUGAUUGAUGGAUUCUAUACUAUAGGACUUUGACUCUAUAACUGUAUCCAAGAAUUUCACACCUUUCGGUGGAGGAACAAGACAGUGCGUUGGGGCAGAGUACAGUAGGCUGACCUUGAGCUUAUUCAUCCACCUACUGGUCACCAAAUAUAGGUAAAUUCCCAGCAUUGUUUGCCUGACAUGAUUUUAUUGAUCCAAUUUCUUUUGUAAUUCCUGAUGAUAGGUGGACAAAAAUCAAGGAAGGGGAAAUUAGAAGAGCUCCUAUGUUAGGAUUCGGCGAUGGCAUCCACUUUAAAUUCAGUGAGAAGGAAUAGAGAGAAAACCAUUUCCGUCAAAUAUACAUUCUUAUCUAUGUCAUUGAUGUAUAUGCAGUCAUCUCAAAUAUUUCUGCUGUCUUUCACUCUCAGAACUCUUCGUUUAGCUCUUUGAUGCAUUACAAUUUUUUUUUUUUUAAUGAAUGAUGUCCGUGCUUGUUUCAGGCCUUACAUGAAAUAUGUAAUAUUUUAGUAUAUUUCAAUAAAUUCUCACCACAAUGGAAGAA